GCCGCAUUUGCGAAGUACCUAAGGUACCUUAGUUAUGCCUGCCUUGCGCUCAAAAAGAGCUGGGCUUUUCGGUGCUUACAGUCCCAAAAGCCCAGCUCCUCAAAAAUUCUACUAUGAUGUUGCGCUUGGAAAUGCCUUCUCUGAUUUCCCUUCUGAUAAAACCAUCUUCCUUUUAGCAGUAACGGGAACACCAUUGGAAGCUCAACUCUCGAGAAUUCCCCGAGGUGCCCAAUGCCAGUUCCUCAGCCCUAACCCUUGCAUCCGCUUCCCUUGUGCGGCGCGAAUCGCUCCCACGCUCUUGCUUGCCGCAGUUAUCCUUCGAGUCAGGGCUUGGCAUCACCUCAACACCUCAACACAACAAUCGCGCUCGAUCUGCCCACUCACCAAACCAAACAACAUCAGGUCGCGAGAUCCAUCUGACAAUCACAAAAGAAAAAAAAAGAAAGAAAGGUUAAGGACCAUGUCGGACAGCUCGGAAGAGUCAGACCACAUCGGCUAUCUUGCCGAAGGAGCCGAGCACGACGAGCCGGAGGAAGCUGGAUCUGUGGAGUCGGGCUCAGACCAGGCCCACAUGGACCUGCUCGACUUGGAGGCCGAGGACGCGGACUCGGACUCGGACGGGGAGAGCUCCGGUUCGGCAGUCAGCGACGCCGAAAACCGAGAGCCGCAUGUUUUCUUCCCGCAAUUCAUGCGGUUGCCCAUCGAGCUGCGCCACCACAUCUGGGAGUUCUUCUGCCCGGACCUGACAGCCAAGUCGCGCCUGUACGGGCUCCAGGUCGGGCUGUCGGGUCGAGGACCACGCCAGAGAAUGAUCCUCCAAGAAGGGCCCUUCCUGGAGCAGCAAACCAGACCCGCCCGCGCCGUGCUAGCCGUCCACCACGAGAGCCGCCAGCUUGCGCUCAAGGCGUUCCCGGACACCCUCAGCCUCCAGAGAAGUGCCAUCUUCAGGUUCAACGCCAAGCUGGACGUCAUCUUCUUGGGCCCGGAAGAUUCCGUGUUCCGUGUCCUGGAUGAGAACCCGUCGGUCACAGGUGUCGGCGAGCCGAUCCGCCAACUCGCCGUCGAGUAUGACGAUUCCGACUAUUUUUCUGGCCGCUGUCGCCGGCUGUUCAACUUCUUUCCAAACCUGCGGACGGUGUACCACGCGACCAUGGACGUGGACCACAGCCCGGCAAACCUGCGCUGGUGCGUCUCUGGCCUGGUCAACUGUUACUCUGUGACGACCUUCGAGGAGGAACCAGGUCUCGGCGAAGAUGCCACGCACGUGUUCUGCUGGCCCGACCUCGAAAACAACCGGAGCUUUGCCCACGACGAGAUUCCACUCAAGGAGCUUGAGUGGUACGAAGAUGUCACGGAUGCAGACUUCGGUGAGCGGAUAGUUUGGCCCAUGAUCCUGUUCCCCUUCGCGUCCAGCUCCCGCCGGUUUGAGGCGCUCCGUACAUGGGACGGCAAACCCCCUUACCCCUGGGAUUAUCAUUCCGACACCGAUGAUGAGUCCGGAGAGUCGGAUGAGUACGAGAGCGAGGGAAUCGACGACUCCUACAUCAGCGAAAAUGAUCCGGCAGACCUCUCUGACGACUUGGUUGUGCUGGAUGACGACGACAGCGACGAGGAGGACUCAUCGGUGCGGUCUGGUUCGCAGAGCCCCCGCGUCGAGGCUGGCAUGAUCGACCUCACAGGCGAUGAUGACCACGAGGGCGUCGCCAACUUCUCGAGCCCCGAACAGUCGUCGGCCACUCUCCGAGGCCCCGACGAAUCCGAGGCGGAAUCCGAUCAGCCAGCCACGCACAGAUCGAGGUUGAAACGCCGUCGAGGCCGGGUGGUGGAGUCUGAUUCCGAGGAUGAUGAUGACUCGGAAGAUGACGUCCCUCGGAAGCGGACGCGCAUCGAGAGGGGCCGCAACCCGAUUGUGUUGUCCAGCGACGACGAGGAGGAGGAAGAAGGGCGGGAAACGCAUGCGAACCGUCAAACCCGCGCAGUGCUUUCCGAGGAUGAGGAAGAAGAGGGGGACGAGGACGACGACGAGGAGAGUGAGGAGGUCGAGGAUGAUGAAUCCGAAGGAAGCGCCCCCAGAGCCCGACCGCUGUCCCUCGCCGAGAAACUGCAGCUGCAUCGCGAGGAGGUGCCCAUCCCGCCGUCUGAUGAUGGCGACUCCGAGGUGGAAGAGAUGGCCGGCGACGACUACGAUGCUCGAGAUUACGCCGAUUUCCAGGAUGACGAGGAGGGCAACGAGAUUGAUCAGAGUGACGGGGACGAUGGGAACGGGAACGGUUUUCUCACGGGCGAUGGCGAGGGGGACGAAGACGACGACGGUUAUUACUGAGGCAGAGUUGCAUCUUAGGCAUUUGCGUUUCUCUGGCUCCAUUUCGACAUCCCUAGAUUAGAUGGUGUCGAA